AUGGCUGAGAGCGGAGUGAUGGAGAAUUUGGACUCCAAGUGGAUCGACAAUCGGGAGUCAAAAUGCGUAGCUGAAGUUCAUAAAUCUCCUGCGCGGCUCAGUCUCUGGAACAUGCGAGAUGUAUUUAUCCUUGUCACUGGCGGCGUGGCAGCUGGAGCACUCUUCAGCACUAUCGAAGUGACC